AAUCAUAUUAACUUCCAUUAUAUACAAAACCAAAAUUUCAUUUUUUACAUAACACAAAAACAAUCACUCUCUCUCUCUCUCUAACCUUCACCAAUUUCUCUCUCUUCUCCUUUUUCACAGCCAUUUGUUAGAUUCCUCUCUCAAUAAGUCUCUCUCUUCUCCUUUCUAUUGGAUUUUUGCAUUAGACUGAUUAGCUCAAAGCAAACCCAUAACACAAAAUCUUCUCUUUGUUUUUUUCAUUUCUCGAAUUUUCUUGGUGGAGGUUUUGUUUUCUGGGUUUUUAUUGGCUUUCUUCUGCAAAAAAAUAAAAACUUUUUUUCUGGGUUUUUCUUCGUGAAGAAGCUUCCCAAAACCCAGUUUUUGUAUAAGCUCAAUUAGUAAACAAGAAAACAAUCAUAAAACUCAAUUUCACAAAAUCUUUGUGAUUCUUGUGAAAUUUGUAUAUUACAAAACUUUGAAAAAAAAGAUGGGGAAGCAAGGUCCUUGCUAUCACUGUGGAGUUACAAGUACACCUCUAUGGCGAAACGGGCCACCAGAGAAGCCGGUGUUGUGCAAUGCGUGUGGUUCGAGGUGGAGAACUAAAGGAUCAUUAGUAAACUACACACCUCUUCAUGCUCGUGCUGAAGGUGAUGAGAUUGAGAUUGAGGAUCAUAGAGCUCAAAGAGUGAUGAUUAAGGGAAUGUCUUUGAACAAAAAGAUUCUCAAGAGGAAACCAUAUCAAGAAAAUUUUACAGUUAAAAGAGCUAACUUGGAAUUCCAUACCGGUUUCAAGAGGAAGGUUCUGGAUGAAGAAGCUAGCAAUAGAUCGAGUUCAGGAUCGGUUGUAUCAAACUCCGAGAGCUGUGCACAAUCUAAUGCGUGGGACGCUACGUUUCCUUGUAAGAGGAGGACAUGUGUGGGCCGUCCAAAGGCAGCUUCUUCUGUUGAAAAGCUCACAAAGGAUCUCUAUACCAUUCUACAAGAACAACAAUCUUCUUGUCUCUCUGGUACUUCAGAGGAAGAUUUGCUUUUUGAGAGUGAAACACCAAUGUUGUUAGGACAUGGGAGUGUUCUUAUGAGAGAUCCUCACCCGGGUGCUCGAGAAGAGGAAUCUGAAGCUAGCUCACUCUUAGUUGAGAGCAGCAAGUCCUCAUCAGUUCAUUCUGUGAAAUUUGGUGGAAAGGCAAUAAAGCAGGAGCAACUGAAGAGGAGCAAAUCUCAAGUCUUAGGAAGACAUAGUUCACUACUCUGUAGCAUAGAUUUGAAGGACGUUUUCAACUUUGAUGAGUUCAUAGAAAAAUUCACAGAGGAAGAACAGCAAAAACUGAUGAAAUUACUUCCUCAAGUUGACUCUGUUGAUCGUCCUGAUAGCCUCAGAAGCAUGUUUGAGAGUUCUCAAUUCAAAGAGAACUUAUCCUUGUUUCAGCAACUUGUGGCAGAUGGUGUUUUUGAGACAACUUCGUCUUAUUCCUCUGGAUCAAAACUUGAAGACAUUAAGACACUUGCAAAGCUUGCUUUAUCAGAUCCUUACAAAUCCCAUUUGUUGGAAAGCUAUUACAUGCUCAAGAAAAAAAGGACUGAAGACUCUGUUACUACAACAUCAAAGGUCUCAAACCUGAGUCCAUCAAAGAAUAAUAGUCUUGUAACUAUUGAAAGACCUUGUGAAAGCUUAAACCAAAACUUCUCAGAGACAAGAGAUGUGAUGAGAAGCCCCAAAGAAGUGAUGAAGAUUAGAUCAAAGCACAUCGAAACCAAAGAGAUUUUAGAGAACAGUGUCUCUUCCUUUAAACCUAUGAGCUGUGGUGGACCUCUGGUGUUUAGCUAUGAAGAUAAUGAUAUUUCUGAUCAGGAUCUUCUUCUUGAUGUGCCGUCGAACGGCUCAUUCCCUCAAGCAGAGCUUCUUCACAUGAUAUGAAAGAAGAUAAAGUUUCUCAAGCUCAUUGGUGUUUCUCAGAACAAAGAUUAAGACUUUUUAAGAUAUAUAUCUCUCUGUUGAAGAGAACUCUUCUGCUCUUUAGGCUUUUCUGAGAAAAUGUGGCCAAAUGAGAUUUUUCUGCACUAGAAAUUGCAAUUUGCAGAUAUAAAGAAGUAAGGAUUUUAUUGUAAGGGCUCUCUUUGGUGGUCUUACAUAUAUAUGUUGAUAUAUAUGUCUUCUUGUUCUUACUAAACUCGAAGAACAAGAAAGUUUCGUUUUCUUU